CCAACAAGUUGCCAGCAAAGCAAGAAAUCAAGCCCAGCCAAGCCAAGCCCAGACCCAUUCCAAGUCCCGCACCCCGGAAGUGAAAGCAGCAAAACGGCAGCCGUGGAUACCAACGCGCUGCGCAGCUCAGCCACUGUGAAGGUGCCCCCGCUGCCGCUGCCACCCCCGCCGCCGCCGCCCCUGACCACGUCGCUGACAAUUUGCCAGCCGCCGCCGCCCACUCCGCCCUACCAGAGGCUCACCAAGGCGCUGCAAUGCGAUCCACGCUGCGGCCACGAGGUAACUAUCGGCCGUCGCAUUGGCCUCUACAGAUUUUGUGGCGACAUCGGACGCGGCAACUUCUCCAAAGUCAAACUCGCUGUCCACCAGCUGACGCGUGACAAGGUGGCCAUUAAGGUGGUGGACCUAGAUCGAGCGGGUCUCGAUGCCAAGGCGCUGCGCAUGCUGUCCAGCGAAAUAGCCACUCUCGAGUGUGUUCAUCAUCCAAAUAUUUUGAGGCUUUUCGAGGUGGUUGAGACUUUGGGACGGGUCUACCUAGUCACUGAGUGGAUUCGCGGCGGGGAGCUCUACAACCACAUCACUCAAGGUGGUCCUCUGAGGGAGAUUCAUGCGGCGCCUUUGUUGAAGCAACUCUUGCUGGCCGUAAAACAUAUGCACAGUCUGGGUUACGUGCAUCGCGACAUCAAGGCGGAGAAUGUCCUGCUCCUCUCGGAAGAUCGUCUCAAGCUGGCCGAUUUCGGUUUCAGCACACAACUUAUCAAUGGUGCCAAUCAGAAGCUCGACACGUUUUGCGGCUCGCCUCCGUACGCGGCGCCCGAGCUCUUCUCCGAUGACCAUUACAUCGGUGCUCCAGUGGAUGUAUGGGCCCUGGGCAUCCUGCUCUACUUCAUGGUGGUGGGCAACAUGCCCUUCCGGGCACCCACAAUACCCGGCCUCAAGGCGGCCAUACUCAAGGGUGACUACCUGCUGCCCGGUCAGCUAAGUUUGCCCUGCAUAAGACUUAUACAACGUAUCUUGAUUCACAUACCCGCUCAUCGGCCCACCAUCGAUGACAUGCUGAACAGCCAGUUCGUGACCUGUCCCAAGCUGAGCGCCGACUUGAUGCAGUGGGAGAUAAACCAGCACAGCAAGCCGGCAAAGAGGUCGAUCUUCUGGGUGCGCAGCAAGUCACACAGGCUGCGGAAGUCUGCCUCUCUGCGGGAUCGGUACGCGGAGGUGGUCAAGAAGCCGGCCAUUAGUAUGAAUACGCGGCAGCAGGACGAGAUGUUCGUGCAGAACUUCCUGCAGCCUAUCGAGGUUGGUCACGAGUUCCUGAUGAAGGAACCGCCGGUGCCUGUCGAGCAGGCCAAACGUCCAACACGCAGGUAUUUGCUUUGUGGCAGUCUCAAGAAGAAGGUCACACCCCUGGAAACAGAGCCGGAGAAGCAGCUGUCCAACGGUGUUCAAUGCUCCUCGACCAAGAUCAACCCUUGGAAUAUUCAGGUGGCCGAGGACUGUCCACUGUUCAAGAACUACGAUGCGGAGACGGGCAGCUGCAUUAUGCUGCCCACGGCCACCGAGGAUCUCAGCCAGCUGGGAGCACUGGAGUUCGAGGCCAGGCAACUGCUGGCCGAGAUGGGACUCUCCUCCGAGAUGCUGAUCAAUGCGAGGCAGAGUGGUCCCCGUUCGGACAUCAUUGGCGCCUACCGGAUCGUGGUCAACAGACUCCAGAAACAGUCCUGGCUAGCACGGAAGCACGUGGAGAUGGCUCUCCAUGUGGAGCCCAAGGCGGAGAAGCGGAUUGAGAGAUCGUGCUGCAUACUCUAAGGCAUGCGCAGAUACAUAGUUGUUGAAUGUUUAAAAUACUACUCACCCGGUUCUGAUGGAUCUAUGGGUUCCCCUUGAAAGGGAAAGGCAAACGUCGCAUUGAUUAGGCUCUGAAAAAAUCAUAAUUAGAUGAUUUCGGCAUUAGAAACCAGAUCAUUUUUAAACUGUGCCAGAAAAUAAGCAACGAAUGAGAUUACAAAUAGAUAUAUAUCACAGGCAGUUCCCUAACUUAAAAUGGAAAUAAAACACGAAUGAAGAAAAAUGAGUUCAGGCUAGAAGUUGCAGUGAAUCAAAGUUUGCCUUUCCAUGGGGACUAAGACCCAAGAGAUCACACAGAUCAAGCCCAAUUAGUGUCAAUUGUAAGCUGCAUAGGCCCGAGUUUGUUGUUAACGUAGAUUUCAACAUUUCUUGUCCUUGGUUUGUUCAUUCGAGAAAGUUCCUUAUUCUU